AUGAACAAAAAUCCACCCACCAAGUACCCCGUGGUUCUCACGGCGCUGACGCGCCGCAAAGAAGGCACGACGAUUGAAGAGUUUCUGGACUACAACGAGAAUGUUUUUGCGCCCUUGGUCAAGAAAAUAGCCGGCAAAGUGUACCCGUUAUCCUGGAGUCGGCACUACCAUGUUGAAGAUUCCGAGUGUCCCAUGGGCCUCACGCGCAUCCUGGUGGGCAGCAACGUAGACGAGUCCAUGGACUGGGACGUGAUUGGGGAGAUGCUGUUCGAGGACGAGCUGCACUUGCAGCAGUUUAUCACCUUUCUGCACUCGGAUGCUGCCCUCGAGAUAUUCGAAGAGGAGGCCAAGUUUAUCGAUCAGUCAAAGAAAAAGAUGGUGGUGAUGAAGAGGGCGGUUACAUUCCGGGAUUCAUAG